AUGACUGAAGAGCUACGGUUGUUGAAGGAGAAGCACAUUAAGUACAUCGAAGCUCUCGACAAGAAACAGGACAGCUAUGAGUACUGGUUGACCGAGCAUUUAAGAUUGAACGGUGUCUAUUGGGGGCUGACUGCUUUAUGCCUGAUGGAUGCUGAGAAUACAUUUGACAAAACCCAAGUGAUUGAUUUUGUGCUGAAAUGCUAUGUUGAAGCUACAGGUGGGUUCGCACCUUUCCCAAGACACGAUGCACAUCUUUUGACUACGUUGUCAGCUAUUCAGAUUCUGAAGACUUAUGAUUCACUGGACAUCCUCUCACCAGAUCAAGUCAAAAAAUGCAUCGAAUUCGUCAGGGGAAACCAGCUAGAGGAUGGUUCCUUCCAAGGCGACAAGUUUGGCGAAAUCGAUAUAAGAUUCGUCUAUACCGCUUUAAGCACCCUCUCGAUACUGGAGAGUCUAACGCCCGAGGUUGUGGAGCCAGCCGUCAAGUUUAUUCUUCGAUGCUAUAAUUUUGACGGAGGCUUCGGACUGUGUCCUGGAGCAGAGAGCCAUGCGGCUUGGGCGUUUACUUCCCUUGGAGCGUUGGCCAUUGUGGACCGUUUAGGUGACCUAACGGAUGAACAGCUGAAUGAGAUCGGCUGGUGGUUGUGCGAGCGACAAGUUCCCGAGGGAGGUCUCAAUGGCCGUCCCGGUAAACUGCCUGAUGUGUGCUACAGUUGGUGGGUUUUAGCGUCGCUAGCUCUUAUCAACAAGCUUGAAUGGAUAGACUACGAAAAGCUUAGAGAGUACAUACUGAGAUGCCAGGAUGAGAAGAAGGGAGGCAUAAGCGACAGACCAGAUAACGAAGUGGAUGUCUUCCAUACGUUGUUUGGAAUCGCGGGUCUAAGUUUAAUGGGUUUCGAAGACUUGAAGCCAAUCGAUCCUGUCUAUUGCAUGCCUCCAUCCGUGACGAAGACGAUUAGAAAGUAUCCAUAUGAAUAA